AUGUGAAGGUGCCAAAACCUGGUGGUGUUAAGAAAGGAUGGAUGCGCCAGUUUGUUGUAGUUUGUGAUUUUAAAUUAUUCUUAUAUGACUUGGCCCAGGACAAAAAUGCUCAACCUUAUGUUUCAGUUUCUCAGGUUUUAGACAUGAGAGAUGAAGACUUUUCUGUUAGUUCUGUAUUAGAAUCAGAUGUCAUUCAUGCUAACAAAAAAGAUAUACCAUGCAUUUUCAGGGUUACUACAUCUAUGAUGAAUCCUCCUGAUGUAAGAAACCAUAUGUUAAUGUUAGUGGAUCGAGAAAGUGAAAAGACAAAAUGGGUAGAUGCUCUUAGUGAACUGCAUCGGAUUUUACGUAGGAAUAAAUUACCUACAAGAAUGGUCUACCAAGCUAAAGAAUUAUUGGACAAUACUAUAACCAUUAUUAAAAAUGCAUUAUCAGCAGCUGUUAUUGAUUAUGAAAGAUUUGCUUUAGGAACAGAAGAAGGCUUAUAUUGCAUUGACUUAGACUGUGAAGACUCCAAACUGUUAACGUUACCAGCACCUGCAUUAAUUAAAAUUUCUAAAGUAGGAGAUGGGAAAAAGAUCUCACAAAUAGAGUAUAUUGCUGAAGAACAACUGUUGAUUGUAAUUGCAGGUAAACAAAGACAUCUGAAAUUAAUACCUGUGGGGGCUUUAGAUGGACUUGAGGUUGAAUGGAUUAAAGUAACUGAUACUAAAGGAUGCAUAGCAUUUUGUACUGUUUGUUUAUGUAAAGGCUCUGUGUCUACUUAUGUAAUAUGUGUUGCUUUUAAACGUCAGGUAAUUAUGUAUGAAAUAAAUAGGCUUAAAGGCAGACAUCAAAAACGUGGUGACAUAACUCUUCCAGGAACACCUCAGUGCCUCGAUAUUAUUGGAGACAAACUGUGUGUUGGCUUCCAGUCUUCCUUUUGCAUGUAUUCUCUCCGUUCUGAUACAGCACCAGUCUGUUUGAUUAAUUCUGACUGCAGUUCUCUUUCUUAUCUUGCACAUAAUGCAAUGGAUGCAUUAGUAUCUGUGGAACUUUCUAAUAAUGAAUAUUUACUUGUAUUUACUCAUCUUGGAGUAUAUGUUGAUUCACAAGGUAAAAAGACAAGAGAACGUGAAUUAAUGUUUCCAGCAAUACCAGUUGCUGUCAGUGUUUCUGAUGGUUAUCUCUGCACUUAUAGUGAAACUCAUAUAGAUGUGUUUGAAAUAGCUACUGGAGAUUGGAUCCAAACUAUUAGUUUAAAAAAAGCAAAACCUUUAUGUCGAACAGGAAUUAUUGGAUUUGUUUUAGCUGCAGAUCUUCCUCAUAUAAUUUAUCUUCAUAAUAUUCAUUUUCAUGAAAAUUUAAUACGGGUUCCAGAACAUGGAGGAGGACAACUUCGUGGUCGAACAGCUAAAGCUGUUCUUGCAAGAACAAGGCGUCGAUUCUCAAUGAGAGAGCCAGAUAAAACAAAUAAAUCUACUACAGAUAGACGUUCACGAAUUAUUUCUGGGCCUACAAAUUUCAAUCAUAUUUCCCACAUGGGACCUGGACAGGGUAUACAGUUACAAAAACUUAUAGAUAUUCCUAAGGUUAGAGUUUUUCAUUUUUAAUUUAUAUGUAUAAUUAUGUUUGUU